AUGGCCCUGGUGGUACUUGGUUUAGACCUGGCGGGGCAGGAGUUGGACCUGGUGGAAGUGGGGUUGUGCCUGGGGGAACAAGUUUUGGCCCUGGUGGUACAGGGGUUGGGUUUUGUUCCUGGUGGAACUGGGAUUGGGCCAGGCGGUGCAGGAUUUGGUCCCGGGGGAACAGGAUUGGGUCCUGGUGGUGCAGGAUUUGGACCUGGAGGAGCAGGAGUCAGUCCUGGAGGAGCUGUUCCAGGUGGAGGUGGAGGAAAAAGUGGUGGUAAAGCAUCAAAACAAGUUCCAGGUAUUGGGGUACCUGGACUCUAUCAAGGUGGAUUUGUACCAGGUCAAGGUUUUGGAGGCCGUGGUGUUCUCCCUGGAGUGGCAACAGGAUCUGGACUUGGGCCUCAAACUGGGACUGGGGUACUCGGUCAAAGUGGAACAGGACCAGGAACAGCAGUCAAUGAGAUUCUGUGA